AUGCGGCUCCCCUACAUCGACGAUGACCCCAAAAUGUCCACCGCCGAAGACCAGGCCGUGGUCGAGCGGGUGAAGGAACGACGAGGAGGCAAGCUCAUCGCGCUGGACAAAACCCUCUUACAUGCUCCACCCGUUGCCGAUGGCUGGAACGGCUUCCUCAAAGCCAUACGAACGCAGACGACGUUGCCGGAUUCGAUACGCGAGCUUGCGAUUUGCAGGGUGGCUGCUCUGAACCAUGCUUGGUAUGAAUGGGAUCAGCACAAGCCCAUACUAGAGAAGAGUAGUGCCCUGAAGCAGGACGUAGUCGAGAAGAUCAAGGAUCGAGGCUGGGACGGCAGCGGGCUGGAUGAGAAGCAUCUGGCUGUGUUUGAGUACACGAACGCGAUGACUCUGGGGUGUAUUGUUAAAGAAGCGAUCUUCAAGGGGCUCAAAGCACUUUUCAGCGAUCGGGAGGUGGUCGAGAUCACUGCUACCGUAGCUGCUUACAACACCGUGUCGCGAUUUCUGGUCGCACUGGAUGUGGGAGAAAUGGCGGAUAAGUACGGUGUUGAUAUAAGCUAA